GCAGAGGUGUGGUCGGGAAGGUGAGCUGAGGCUGGAGUUGGGAACGCGGCGCCUGUGAGUGUGGAAGCCAUAAAACGUAAAACAGGAGCUGUCAGCAGCCAAAUGUCCUGCCAUGUGGAACCAGCUGGUCUGCAAUGAAAAAGAAUGAAGCCAACAUGCAGAAAACAGCAGAGAACCAUGUGUGCUCAGUACUGCAUCUCCUUUGCUGAUGUUGAAAAAGCUCAUGUCAACAUUCAAGAUUUUAUUCACCUCACACCAGUGCUAACAAGUUUCAUUUUGAAUCAAGUAACAGGGCGCAAUCUUUUCUUCAAAUGUGAACUCUUCCAAAAAACUGGAUCUUUUAAGAUUCGUGGUGCCCUUAAUGCAAUCAAAGGCUUGACUCCUGCCACCUCAGAAGAGAAGCCCAAAGCUGUGGUUACUCACAGCAGUGGAAACCAUGGCCAGGCUCUCGCUUAUGCUGCCAAAUUGGAAGGGAUUCCUGCUUAUAUUGUGGUGCCCCAAACAGCUCCCAAUUGUAAAAAAUUGGCAAUACAAGCCUAUGGAGCCUCCAUAGUGUACAGUGAACAGAGUGAUGAGUCCAGAGAAAAUGUUACAAGAAGAAUUAUGGAAGAAACAGAAGGCAUCAUGGUACAUCCCAACCAGGAGCCUGCAGUGAUAGCUGGGCAAGGGACAAUUGCCAUGGAAGUACUAAACCAGGUACCCUUGGUAGAUGCGCUGGUGGUACCUGUAGGAGGAGGAGGAAUGGUUGCUGGAAUAGCAAUUACAGUUAAGGCUCUGAGACCUACUGUGAAGGUAUAUGCUGCUGAACCCCUGAAUGCAGAUGACUGCUACCAGUCUAAGCUGAAAGGGGAACUGACUCCUAAUCCCUGUCCUCCAGAAACCAUAGCAGAUGGUGUCAAAUCCAGCAUUGGCUUAAACACCUGGCCUAUUAUAAGGGACCUUGUUGAUGAUGUCUUCACAGUCACAGAGGAUGAAAUUAAGUAUGCAACCCAGCUGGUGUGGGAGAGGAUGAAACUGCUUAUUGAACCUACAGCUGGUGUUGGAGUCGCUGCUGUGCUGUCUCAGCAUUUUCAAACAGUUUCCCCAGAAGUAAAGAACAUUUGUAUUGUGCUCAGUGGUGGAAAUGUAGACCUAACCUCUCUAACUUGGGUGAAGCAGGCUGAAAGGCCAGCUCCUUAUCAAUCUGUUUCUGUUUAG